AUGAGAUUUAAUCUAGUGGGUGUAGGUUAAAAGAAAUGCUAGAGAGAGUCUGAAUGUCCUGAAGGUAAAAAAUGCUUCAGAGGCAUUUGUUUGCUUGACAAGUUUGAUUCAAUUGCUGAUGUAGUACCCAUUAGAUGUGAGAUCUCAGAUGACUGUUUAAGCGGUUAAUGCAUAGACGGAAUGUGUGAAUGA